AUGGCGUCUUGGUGGCAUCCACAGCAGCAACAACAACAACAACAGACAGGUGAACCAUUUGAUUAUCCUCAUCCACCUCAAUCAAUGGCGGCAUCACCACAAUGUUUUUAUGAUUCACAUAUGAUUAUGGUAGAAGGUGGAAAUAAUGAAGAGUAUAUGCAUACAACUAAUAAUGGAAAUAUAAAUGAUUCAACUUCAAUUGAUUAUCAUCAUCAUCGUCGAAAUUGGUUUAAUGGGAGUAAUAAUGAUGAUCGUAAAGCAAAAUCUCGUGUUGCAGCUAAACAUCGUCGUAGUGCAGAAAAUAAAGAAUUUACUGAUUUAUCAAAAUUAUUACCUUUACAACAACAAAUAGCUGCCCAACUUGAUAAAGCUUCAAUAAUUCGUUUAACAAUAAGUUAUCUACGUUUACAUGAAUUUUUAUUACAUGGUGAUCCAUCUUGGCCAAAUGAAAUAAAUGUACCAUCAAGAAAACAAGCAUUUAAAUUAUUUAAUGCCGAUGAAUCAUCACAAUUAUUACAAUCAUUAGAUGGUUUUAUAUUUGCAUUGAGUUCUGAUGGAAGAAUAUUGUAUAUAUCAGAAUCUGUUUCAAGUAGUUUAGGUUUAUCAAUGGUUGAAAUGACAGGAAAUUUUAUAUUUAAUUAUUUACAUGAUGAUGAUAAGAAAGUUUUUGCUGAUGCACUUGGUUUUGAAUUAUUACCACCAUCAAGUCCAACAACAAGUUUAGCAAUUGAUUUAAUGAAUUCAUCGAAUAAUGAUCCAGAUCUUCUUGAUAUAUCGCCCGAUCAAUGUCCUCGAAUGCAAGCACCAACAGAUGGUAAUCGUUUUAAGAAGAAAUCUUUAUGUGUUCGAAUGCGCUCAAGUUUAACGAAACGAGCACCAAAUAUGAAAACACCGGGUUAUCGAUCGGUACAAAUAAUUGGAGAUCAUCGUUGGUUACAUCCUGAUCAUCGUCGAACAUCCCAUAAUGGUGAUCAUUUAUUAGGUUUUGUUGGUACAGCAAUUAUACCAAGUUUAAGUCCAUCACAAAAUGAAUUUCCUAUUCCUGAACAUCAAAGUGUUAUUCGACUAGAUGAAAAUUUACAUAUUACUUAUAUAGAUGAGAAAUUACAACGAACAUUGAAUUGGACAAUAACACAUGCAACAACAUCACUUUAUCUUUAUAUACAUCCUGAUGAUUUACCAUCGUUAAUAACAGCUCAUCGAGAUUUAUCAUCACGACAACAGCUUGUAUUAAACGUAGUUCGAUUACAAAUGAAUAUGGUUUCACCAUCACCACAAUAUCAACGUCGAAUAAAUGGAAAUAAUAACAAUAAUAAUAAUAAUCAACUUAUUGUUGAACAAAAAUGGAUAUGGUGUGAUUUACUUGCAACAAUGAUGCAAUCGAAAACAAAUGAUGAAAAUUUUGUUAUACUAGUUGUAGAAAUUAUUGGAGUGGAUGAUGGAUGUAUUGAACCAAUUAUUAAUGAAGAGCUCGAGAAUGAAUAUGCUAAUCGAAUUACCCAACGCUCACAAGUAAGUCCAACCGAUAUUGUUGAAUCGUCACCUCCUACAGCUCAAUCUCGAAUUUCUGUUAAACAACAACAACAACAACAACAACAACAAUCUCCAUAUCCCAGUGAACAACAAGCAUGUUUUUAUCCAUCACCACCACCACCACCACCACCCCUACCACCAUCUUCAUCAUUCGCUUCUUCAUCUCCACAUCACCGACAUUUACCAUCAACAUCAACUCCAAGUCCAAGUCCUUCAUCUCCACAUUCACCACUAUCUACAAAUCGACCAUCAGUUAUCAUGACAAAAGGCAUGCAUUCUCAUCAUCCUCAACAACAACAACAACAGCAAUAUCAUCCAUAUCCACAUUAUGAUUGUAAUACAUUUACACCGCAACAGUAUUCAUUAGCAACAACUCCAAGUGAACAUUGGUAUUAUCCAUCUUCAUCAACAAAUGUUGGAGGAGAAAAUUUUCCUGUAUAUCAUCAUUCACAUCAUCAUUCGAGUUGA